CGGGGCGGCGGGCAGCGCGGCGGGGGCGGCGGGGCUGAGCGCCGGGCGGCCGGGGCUCCUCGGCCCCGGGGGGGGGCACCCGCCCGCCCGCCCGGCGCCGCACCCGGCUCCGCACCCGGCGCACGGAUUUACGGCGCGGACUGCAGCCUCCGGAGCGGCCCGGCAGGAAUGGAGGGAUGCGGGUACAGCUGGGAGCAGCAGGACACCGGCACAGCCCUGUGGGGAUAGGCGUGACGGUGAUUGCCUGUGAGGACACAGCAGGAACCCCCCCAGACCCCGGAGGAACCUGGGAUCUCACUGGGAACAGGGAGAGCUGCCCUUCUGCCCCGUCGCCUGCCGUGUCUCCAGGGAUCUAUAGCAGGGUUUGGGGCUUGGAGCCUGGAGGCGUCUUAGUGCCAUAGGACUGCUGGAGAGCCUGACAGCGAUGGGGGACCCGCCACCGAGGAGGGACGUUCCUCCAGGAGGCCCUGCACACCCGUGAGCCCUGGCUGCCGGUGGUGGAGGGUGCCUGGGGCUGGGCUGCUCAGCCAGCCCUGGGCUGGGGGCAGAGCCACGGUGCCUGCAGGGCACGGCCCCUGAGGGGCGAAGGGCUGGCGUGGGGUCUGCAGGGGCAGCCCCAAGCCCCGGGACAGUGGGGCUGCCAGCCGAGCCACUGCUCCUCCAGGCACCCCUUCCUGGGGUGGCAGCGGGGGACAGAGCGGCGCUCGGUCCCUGGGCUGGCCGCGGAUGUGCCCCCGCGCAGCGCCGGCGGGACCGCUCGCCUAGCGCCGGCGCCGAGGGACGCAGGGCCGCCCGCCUCACCAUGGUGCUGCCGCCGCCCGACAAGCGCCACGUCUGCCUGACCACCAUCGUCAUCAUGACCAGCAUGGCCUUCAUGGACGCCUACCUGGUGGAGCAGAACCAGGGGCCCCGCAAGAUCGGCGUCUGCAUCAUCGUGCUGGUGGGGGACAUCUGCUUCCUCAUCGUGCUGCGCUACGUGGCCGUGUGGGUGGGCGCCGAGGUGAAGACGGCCAAGCGGGGCUAUGCCAUGAUCCUGUGGUUCCUCUACAUCUUCGUGCUGGAGAUCAAGCUGUAUUUCAUCUUUCAGAAUUACAAAGCAGACAAGAAGAACCUGGAGACGGUGGCCAGGAAGGCUCUGACCCUACUGCUCUCCAUCUGCGUGCCGGGGCUCUACCUGGUGCUGGUGGCCUUGGACAGCAUGGAGUACAUACGGACCUUUCGGAAGAAAGAGGACUUGCGGGGACGCCUCUUCUGGGUGGCCCUCGACCUGCUGGAUAUCUUGGACAUCCAGGCCAACCUGUGGGAGCCACACAGGACCGGCCUGCCCAUCUGGGCAGAGGGGCUCAUGUUCUUCUACUGCUACAUACUCCUCCUGAUUCUGCCUUGCGUGUCCCUCAGUGAGAUCAGCAUGCAAGGGGAGCACAUUGCCCCGCAAAAAAUGAUGCUCUACCCCGUCCUCAGCCUGGUCACCAUCAACAUCGUCACCAUCUUCAUCCGGGCCAUCAACAUGAUCUUGUUCCAGGACAGCAGGGUCUCCACCAUCUUUAUCGGCAAGAACAUCAUCGCGAUCGCCACCAAGGCGUGCACCUUCCUGGAGUACAAGCGGCAGGUGAAGGAGUUCCCGCAGAACGCCAUCGCCCUGGAGCUCCAGCAGAACUCCCUCUCGCACAACCAGACCAUCCACAGCGCACAGGGCAUCCCCCACGAGCCGUCGCCCACCAGCGAGAUCCUGGACACAUGAGGGGUGCCCCAGCCCAGCGUCGGUUCAGACGGCCCCGUGCCGAGCGGAAGAGGGAUGAUGCUGCUCUCCUGCUGCCCGGGGCAAGCACGACAGACGAAUCCCGGCAGUGAGGGCUCCUCUAGGCACAAAAACACCAACAGCGUUCUAAUUGAGCUAUGGAGUGUCCUCUAGACGUCUUCAUCUCAGGUACAACCCUAAGAGUCCUCCAGACAAACCAAAUGGACUUGCAAAGGACCUGAACCAGCUGACCCUCUCUCCCCCUCCUGCCACCAUCUCCCCUCCCGAGCAAAGACUGCUAAGGUUGCAACGUCCCUUUUUACUCCCCGAGCACCUCACCUUACUCCAAGCCUGGAUCGAAGAUUUUGUUACUGGAGACCUUUUUACGGGGUGGGGACAAGGGCAUAGGGGGGCAGACUGGGGGGGAGGGUGGGGCGUUUCAAGCAGUAAACCCUGUGAUCGUAGGUGUCUCUUAUCUCCAAUGGUUGUGUUUACAGUUUCCUAUUUAUAUCAGCUCCGGGGGCUCUCAGGCUGCCCUGUGGGCCAGCGUCCUCGAGGUGGGUGAGAGCAGGGAGCCCUGCAGUGGGGAGCGGGGCCGGGGCCGGCGUGGCUGCCCUGGCCCGGGCUGAGGAGGACUGAGCCUCCACCAGCACCCUGCACCAACUCUGCCAGGAGCAAUAUCUGACGAGCUAGAGCUAAUCUAAUGCUGGUGUUUUAUGUAUUUCAUCCACUCCAAACGACUCAGCACAAUAUUUCUAUUUUUAGAAGGGUCCCUCUCUCUCUCUCUCUCCCUGCCAUCGAGAGCCUCCCUGCCUGCAGCAGCCCGAGCAGCCUCCCCAGCCCCCGGCACUGCUGCUGGCAGGCAGGGGCACCCAGGAGGGAUUAGGAACAAGGAUGGCGAGGAUGCAUUUCACUCUGGCAUCAAGCAUUUAUAAAGAAGGCUGCUUUCCACAGCUACUAUAUUUUUAAAAUAAAUAUUAAAAAAGAAAAAAAAAACAAACAAACAAACCCCAAACAAAAAAACCCCACCAAACCCCAGAAAAGAGCCGGGAAGAAUGUGCUGCCCCUGGCAGGUGGCUGGGCUUGGGGCUGAGCUGGGCUGGGGUCUCCUCUGCAGGCGUGGGUGGUGCUGAGGGGCUCAGCCACGGGCAGCAGGGUGGGAGGCAAGGGCCAGCCGGACAAUAAAAGCCCCAUGAGAGCAACGGCUUCUGGUGGUCUCUUUUUGGCCAGCAUGGGGAGGGUGGGGCUCAGCUCUGGGACAGCCCAAGUCUCUGCUUCUGUCCACCUCCCCUGGGCUCUCAAGUGCCAUCCCGAGGUUCUGUGCCCUGCACUCACUGAGCAGCGGGCCCAGAAAGGAAAGGAAUCAUUUUUUCCAGCUGCAGUGCUGUCCCAGGGCUGCGUGCUUCUCUGCUGCCUGACCCUGGGGAGAGGCACAAGGAGACAAGCAGAAAACCUGCAUCUCAAACAUGUUGAAAUGAGAUAUUUUUGCUUUUUCUAAACAAAAUGUUGCAUUUUGAGGAGAUGGAAUAAAAUGCCUGGUGCUGUUUACAUUUCUCUCCCACAUUUUCCCCUGGCUCUGCUUACCGAAUUUGACCUAAAUCCACAAAUCAUUUCAGUUUCCAUCUUCUCAGCCCAUCACAAUCUGUCCAAAACACUUCAACCAUCCCUGAUCCAGACUUCCAAUUUUAGGACCAGGCAAUCACAGUCUUGCUUGGCCACCCUGUCACCCAGGGAUAACUCUAAUGUUAAUUAAAUCCACUGAGAAAUAAAACAAUAUCUUUGUCAGCAAAAGUGAGUUUGCAACAGAUUUAGCCAAUUGGAAAAGUUUCUUCCCCCUUUCCCUCAGGAAACAUGAGAGGAAGUGGGCAGGUGAUUUAAAAGGUAUUAGCAGAAAUUAAUUAAAUUGCUAAAUUAUUCUGGAAUACCUGUGGAAUUACAUAUUACAUCUCUGCUGGUUCCUUUAAAAUACAUGCAAUUAGCAUCAGUGCAAUUAACUCUCAAGUAUCUAAUAACGUUCUGCUGCUCUUUUAGGUAAUUAAUUUAUGAGCCUUUGUUUUAUAGUUCUUCCCCAGAAAUGAGCAGAGGAAAACCUUCAGGGAAACCUCUGGCAUGGUGCUGUGAACCCUGGAGGCUGGGACGUGCCAGCUGAGGCAGUGCCCAGCAUCAGUCUGAACCCUGAUGCAGAGAUCUUUUAUCCUGGGGAUGAAAUCAGUGGACUGGUGGGUUACUCUGAUGGGUGGGGUGUAUUUUUGUUCUGUUUCACCUCGACAGCUUGCCCUGCAUCCUUGUUUUACACUGGAAUGCAUUAAUAUUCCCUUGAGCCUGAGCUGUUGCUAAGAUUGCUUGGGGGUGUCUGGCUGUGCUCCCCGAAGGCAGCCUGCAUGGGAAGGGAUUAUUGCUUUAUCCUCUUGGUCCCAUAACUUCCAAGAAGGUUUAGGAGUCCCCACAGGUUUUUCUUGAGGUUGCAAGACCCUGCUUUCUACUGCUGACGUGAGGUUUUUGUCCUUGUGGAGUGGGGUGUCCCUGUGGAAGGGCUGCAGCAGGAGCUGCAGCAGGAGCAGAGGUUCUGGAGGUGAUGCUCACCUGGGAAGCACCACAUCAUUCCCAAACAGCCACAGGUGCUCAAAGCCCCCUCUGGUGAAGGGAGAGAGAAGAGGCUUUUCUCAUCUGCUGUUCAUCAUCCCCAGGGCCCCGUGUGCUUUGGUUCUGCCUCAGCAGCACAGCAACACCUUUCCCUCCAGAGCCACCUUGAAGCAGGAGUGACGAGCUGGCCCCUCCUCAGCAGCAGGGCCCAGGAAAGCUGGGGAGCAGGGAGGGCUGAGCUGCCUGGGCAAGGCAGAGAGCCAGAGCAGCCAGCAGCACCCCUGGGACAUGGUGACAGCCCGGCAAUGGCAGCACUGCAGCUGCUCUGCCCGCUGCCUGCUCAGGGGGUGCCUCUUCCCCAAAAUCCAGCCCUGCCAGCACAGACAAGACUCCCGGGAGCCACGGAACCAGCAGGAGGGUUGGCACAGUGGCUGGGCAGGGUGGCUGGCUCCAGGCAGGCAGCCUGGCUGGUUGUUAGGGAAAGGUGAUAUUUUGCUGUGGGCAAUGAGAACUAAAGGAAACAAUUAAAACUAAAUAGGCUGGAACCGAGCAAUUUUUCAGCUUUCCGCUGAGAAGAAAAAGAGCUCCUUUGUGAACAGUGGAAUCCUCCUGGCAAGCUGUAGGAUCCCACCUGAUGAAGCAAAAGCUGCACAAUUGCAAUGCAGAAGGGAUCCCUGUGCUCCAGUGGAAAAUCCACGGGGGUGGUGUCCCUUGCUGCCACCAGAACCAGGCCACUAGCACAAGGCAGCCGUGUCCUUGGCAGGGGAGGCUGGUGGUGCUUUGGGGACGAGGCUGGUGCUGUCCUACCUAUUACCAACCCACUGGUCAGUGCUGAGGCUACUCCUCCUUCCAAGUGACAACCCCUAGAGGAGCCAGGUCCACCCUGUAGUUUGCAGGGCAUGACAGAGUCGUGGCAUCCUCUGGGGAUGCAAAACCUGAGCCCCCUGAGCCUUUCCGUCAGGCUGGUCCCAAGGGUCAGCAAACUGGCCAGCCCUGCCAGGCACAGAGGAGCUGACAUGGCCUGCUGGCAAUGGCAGAGGCCUGGACCAUACCCACUCGUGUCCCAGGCAUUGUGGCACUGCAGAACAGGAGCUCCCAGGUGGAGCAAAGCAAGCCAUGCAGGCUGUUAGAAUGCAUCUAGCCCAGACAGGACCUGGGUCCUGUCCUGCUGUGCAAAAUUUGGGCAAAGUGGCAGCAAAGGGCUUGAACUGCUGCAUGCCUGGCACCGUGUGUGGAAAGAGCCCAGAGCCAGCUCCUGUGCCCCAACAGCUCGUGGUACCUGCAGUACCUCCUGGCUGCCUUGGGCUGAACCACAGGUUUUUACCCUCCUGGAGCUCACACGCAGCCCAGGGCAGCCCAAGCCUCUUGCUGCUGCAUUCAGCUGUGUGCUGGGGGGGUGCUGAGCGGGGCUCGACUCGUGGCUUUUCUUUCCCAAGGUCCUGGCAGCUCUCAGUGUCCUGCUUGUCCUCACCUCCUUUUGGCAGGUGAAAAUCUCUGAUGCUGCAGCCUCUGGGCAAGGCUGGAGGGGGGUUCAGUCACUGAGCUCAAAGUGCCCCACGGUUCUGCCACCAGAUUCUCCACGUGAGCACGGCUCUGGUGACUUUACAGGGCCCAAAAGGGCUUGGGAGGAUGUGGGAAAAGAAAUCCACCCACCAGGGCCAUGCAGCACGAGGAUGGACUCUGCAGUGCCACCCGGUGCAGCUCCAUGCGCUGUCACCUGGAACCAUACAUAAAUAAGGAUUUUUUCCCCUUUGGGUCAGUCUGGGUUAAGUCGAUGAGCAGAGACAGACUGAACUUUCAUGCCAGUAACUGUUCUCUUCCCGCCUGUCCCAGAUUUGCUUCACUUUUUUAGCUCAGGCCAAUGCUGCAAUAGAAAACAUGGGGCAGGUGUUGAGAGCACCUUGACAGCAAUUCCCAUCCUCCUAAAUUCCUCCUGCCCAGGAGCUGAGGCAAAAGUUUGAGUUUCACAUCAAUUUAAUCCUAACUGAAUGUCCUGAAUUCUUCACUUGUGUCUGGUUUUUAGGUCUGGCAUCCUUGAAGAACAGUAUCCAUUUAAAUUGCUGAUUUGGGCUUGCUCAUUUAAUUUCAUCUUAAUAAAGAUUUUAUGUGGUUUUGACAUA